AUGAGUCGACGCGGCGACGCUGUAGAGGAAACAGCGGACAAGCAUAGCCCGAGAGAGCGCAGCAACAGCAACAGCAGUAGUGCUGCUGGGUCUGAUAAUGCUUUAAGCGCUGUUCCACAGUUUUUGCCGCUUCACUCGAGGGUUGGUAAACGAUACCAGGCCGUGAUCCCCGACUUGUUGGCGUCCUCAGCCAAUGCCGAUGACCGUUUAGGCAAGAAACAGCCGUUGCAACUACCAAAGCCUAGGUUUUGUCGUGACAAAGCGCUCGCGCUUGGACCAGAGCUAGACAAAUAUUUGAAAAUGGCACGUUCGCUACGAGAUGGAGCCACAUUUGAUACACAGGAACAGGUCACAACUCUGGCGCUGCAGCAUUUGCACCGCUAUGAUUAUAACACUACCGAUGCAGCGUGUGCGCUGUAUGCGAGACAUAGUAUCGAGCUGCCGACUUCGACUGUGCUCAUAAAUGAAGUCGCAACUAAGAUGACAGGGGUGGAAGAAGCCAAAAAGUGGAUUGGUGCUUUUUAUCGGUGCAUGAGAUACACGAAGAUCGACGAAAAUGUCUUCAAUCAAAUGUGUGACUUGUACAAAAAGGCACAAACCAGUGCUGACGUAGCUUCAAUGACUGAAGCGACUGUGUUGUCUCGACUUGUAUCACGAAUAAAAUCGUGGAGAGAGCAGUGCAAAAUAAUCAGCAGUGAGAAGGUCGAUUGUGCUCAGCUUCUGCAAUUAUUACAAGAGGCAGAAAAUAUGCAAAUCGUCCUUACGGAGAAGCAAACUUUAGUGGUAAGGUUACAUAGCUUUAAUGCUGCUCGAACAAAGCUUAAGGAGGCGCUAGAAUAUAGUAGCAAACGUCAUCAGAAUAAAAAGGUGGAACUUAAUGAGCUGGACACACUAUUUGAGGCAGUAGUCGCCCCAAAGAUUAAUUUUCCCGAGGAAAGCAGCUUUCAAGAAACACUUGAUGAAGCGAAAGAGUUAAAGUCUACAAUCGACCAGAUGUUAAGCGAGGACAAGGUCAGCUUGUCAUUGAUUCGUGAUGUGCUGGCAAAGAUUGAGCUAGUGCCGGUAAAUUUUGAGCAAGAAGUGGCGCAAUUUCAAAACAAAAUGCAGAUUGCGCAAACUUGGUUGGCAAAGGCGCGUAGAUGCAUUCCGAAUCGACGACCAACCCGGCGAGGAGGUAGUGCAGACGCAAAGAAAAUGGAUUUGGAAGCUAUCCGCGCGCUUGUGGUAGACGCACCUUAUGAAAAUAGUGCGGAGAUAUUUGAAAUGCAAGACUUACUUGAGUGUGCGGAUGCGUGGGCUGUCAAAGUGAAGAAAGCGAUCGGUGGCGGAGCUGACGUGACGCUGACGCAGCUGAAGGAGCUCUUAGAGGAGGCGAAAGGUAUUCCUGUGAUAUUGGAUGAGCAAAGGUAUUUGGAAGCUGAAAUUGCUGCACGUGAAUGGAGCACUGUUGCUGCGUCGAAGCUGGCUUCCCGUGCGUCAAUCGAGGAAAUUGAAGACUUGCUUGCUCAGGCGAAAGAAAUUCGGGAGCAGAUUCACCCUAAAAGACAGUCAAGGUGGAAACCGCAGGUGGAGCGCGAUAUUAAUGCAGCCAUGGACCAGUCACGUAAAUGGAUGAGUGAGCUUCGUGACAAUCUUGGCUUCGUAGCAUACGAUAAACUAUUCUCAUCGCUGUCAUCAUAUUUUUCUUCGACGCACACAUCCAAAUCGUCAUCUUCAGCCACCAGUGCCGAUAAAACGAAGAAAAAGUCGAUGGACGCAAUAAGUAAACUUAUUGAGAAGUCACAAGCACUAGCGAUCGAUGUUUCAUCGUACACCACGCCGUUAAACGACUUGUUAUUGAAAGGAGUUGAAGCACAAGCUGAGGCGAGCGCUAUUUUGAUGAGUAUUGGCUGUUUAUCGGGAACGAUAACAGCAGAUGGAGAUGACUCAAGUCAUAUGGAUGUCGACUCAAUGCCUAAUGAAUUGGGAGAUCUGGCGCAGGCAUCAGCUUUACUUGAGAAGAUAGAUCUCUUUCCAUUUACCUUUGAAGAAGGAUUUAAUCUUGCUAGAAUCGUUGAGAAAGAGAAAGACUGGGCAGCGCGCGUUCGCGACUGUAUUCCUCCACGGCAAUCCAGAAAGAAGCGCCUUGCAAACGAGUCUUUUACGAUGGAGCAGCUGCACGAGUUGAUCAAUGAGUCGAAAAGACUGCGCUUUUUAUUUCGUGACGAGCUGCGAAUUCUGUCCAAAGAGCUUCGUGAUCUUGUGUCUUGGCGUGCAAAGGCGCACGACGUUAUAAAUGGUGAAGUGAGCAUGUCUAUGUCAAAAGUCAUCGACCGUCUUCAAACGUUUGACCUUAUGAUUUAUGGAAAGCUACAAAUGGCAAAAAAAAAACUUCGUAUCGGUAUCGUAAUUGAUGCUGUUGCUGAGAAAGAAAAUGAGCGAAAGGAUGACGUUGAUAUGUCAUCAGUGCCAUCCGGUGUUGACUCUUCAGUGCCAAAUCAAGAAGAGGUAGAGAAAAAAAUUCUGGUAAAAUCUGACUCAAAAACAUCUUGCGAAAGUUUGGCCCGGGCGGAGGUCGGAGAGCCAAUUCAUGGCAAGCAAAAGGUCGUGACUCUGAAGAAUGAGGGUGAAUUGGCUGAAAAUGGAGUUGAGGUUAAGACAGCAGCUCAAGGUACAGAUGCCAUCAACUUGAAUGGCAGUACGACUAUGAAUAUGCAAGCGCUAGAGAUGCAUACGGAAAUGAUUAUGACACACAUUAGAAUUGAAAGUGGAUGCAUGCAGAAGUCAACUGCCAAGAAGGAGGAGAAAAAUGGUGACGAUGCGAAUAAUAUAUGGAAGGCAAAGCACGGUGAGAGCUUGCUUAAACCUGUUCUGGAAAUGGCGGAAGAAAGCUUUGACUUAGUUGAUAGUCUGGAGCUUAAAGAGGCUGAAACACGACAGACGAUUGAGGACCUAGUUCUAUCCGGAGAAAAAGGCGAAAAUACAGAAAAUAUCACACAUGAGUGCGUGCGAGCGCUAGAAGGAUGGAAACAUCAGCUUCUUCAAUUGCAAACAGAGAGCGAAGUGCUCAGUGUCGAAGCCCCAGAACAAAAGGCUACUUCUUUAAUCUUGUCGCUGUUAGAAUGGCUGCAAGGAUCUCGGUCAUUUUUUUAUGAUGAAAUUCUUCCCCUUCAAGAUCUUGUCGUUAAAGGUGAUACGAUCUCUGAGUCUCUUAGAGAGAUUAAGGAACUAAAUGCGAUCCAACCUGACACUUUGGCCAUUCUUGAGCGAAUGCUUUGGCCGCUACCGUAUUUGAAAGCCCACGAGAAAGUGGUGCGGGAAUGGACUGAGCGUGUCCACAAGUGUGUUGCCGACAAGCAUGCCCAUGUCAGUGAACUCCAGACAUUGCUAGAUAGUGGCAGUGGCCUUUUGCUGGAGCAAGGUGCGUUUAAAGUUGUAAUUGAUGAAGCAAAAAAGGCGAGAGGAUGGCUAUCUAAGCUGAGAAAGCGCUUGCGAUCUUUACUAACGAAGGGAAUCGGUAGAAUGAGCAUUAGCGCUGCCCGCUCGCUGGUGGAAGAAGGCGAGGACAUUGCCAUUGAUAUUCCAGUCUUUGACCUAUUGAAAGAGCAUUUGGAGAUCGCGAGUGACUGGGAGAACCGUGUCCUGGCAUCUGGUAUUGAAUCAGGACAAGCACGGGUGGCAAGUUUGCUCGCAUUGCUGAAUGAGUACGAUUGCGCGCGCCUGGUGAUUGAUCUUGACAUGCAUCGUGAUGUCUUGAAGUCCGCCACUGAGCGCUAUUGCAUUUGUCGCCAGCCAUUUGACGGUCUGAUGAUUGGGUGCGACCAUUGUGAUGAUUGGUAUCAUGACAGCUGCAUUGGCAUGUCUAAGGAAAGGGCAGAAAAGCAAGCAAAAUUGGCAGGACAGCAAAACAAUAUCUGGGACAUGCAGGAGUACGCGAAAGCCUUCGAUAAACAUCAAGCCAGCGUUCUGCGCAAGAUAAAGCGUGAAGAAAAGACUAUUGAGUGCACUGAAAUGCAACUCUAUAGCUGCACCAACCAAAUGAAUCAAUUACGUGCUCGAAUUGAUGACAUUGAACGUGCAAAAGCGUGCUUGUCGAUCACUUCUGCUACCGAAAAUGGCGCGAAUGGACAGCAGCAACAUUUGAAUGAGGCGCUAAAAUCUAAUUUGGGCAUACCAUCGCCUAAAACAUCUAAGACACCCUCCUUAAUGGUCGCAACCAGCGUUGCGGGCCCAACCGCGACAGUGGGUACAAAUGCGCUUCUUCUGGCUGCUGCUGCGGCGGCAGCAGCAUCUACCACUUCUACUGUCGCAACAAGUAGCAUUACUAUCGCGGCAAGUACAGCAGCUUUGACGUCUACUAGUGCGUUAAGUCAUCAACAGUAUUCAAGUAUUUUGAUACCUCCAAUAUCCUCGGUCAACGGUCUUCUAAAGAGCACACCGACGAUGGAGCCAGUCACAAAAUCAUUACCGACGAACAUAGAGGGCAGCGCGCUGAUUGCAAACGACGACAAGUCAAGCGACUUGUCCUUAACGACCGCAACGUCAAAAGAUUCGUCUUCGGUGACUGAUUUAACAAGUUGUAACUCGAAUCAAAGUCAAACAGCAACAGCUGCGCCAAUUACCUCCACAACCAGCAACAACCGUACUACUGCGCCGACUACGAUUACUGAAGCCCACCGGAUUCCUUCGCCAGCCAUUUAUAACCCGAUGACUGCAACGUUGAUGGAGAGCACGGAACGCUUAGCGGCAAUCGUUGUAGCGGGCGGUGUGGAGCAACAAUUGGCAAAAAUGAAGAGUGAGUACGUCGAGGUCAGCAGACAGGUGCUUGAGCUGCAAACUUUGUUGCGUAUCAAUCGCGAGCGGUUGGUAAAUGCCCAGCAAGCUCUUCGUGACCUGUCCGAAGUGUUCCACGCGAGGCACCGUCUACUGCCUUUUGCUCAAACCUGGGUACGGCAAGUCGUUACGCUGCUGAAUGAAACGACAAUUUUAUCACGCAAUAAUAUCGACGAAUCGACGUUUCUUCCGAAAGAGUAUACAACGGCGCUCCAUGCAAUGGCACAUCCUCCAUCCAGCUCACCAGCGACGCCGGAGACAAUGGGUAUCGAUAAGUUGUUUCCUGGUGUAGAUCUAUUUGCCCGAUUGUUGCGCGCAGUUUCUUGGAGCCAAGUGAUGGUAUCCGUGUUGCAAGAGCGUCCUUCACGCCGUAUUCUAAAUGAUGCUAUAACCUAUGCCCUUGAGUACGGACUUUGGGAGGACAAAACGACAAUUACUCCGCUUCGCAGCUUGAUUGGCCGCAUGGAUGCUUGGGUGUCUCGUGCACAUAAAUGCAUAACUAGAUCCGCGGCUAAGACGCAGCAAUUAUCGCGAUUAAAAGUGCUCAUGAACGAAUACUCGAAACUCCCGCUAACGUACGUACAGAUAGCGGACCCAUUAACUGUUUAUUUCAAAUUAUUAUUGAGCGGUGGAGUGAAGAAGUCCAAGAGUAUCGGAGAUGAUGAGGUACUUACUCUUGGAGCAGCAGAAGCAACCGCUGCAAAAGCCUUAGACGAAGCAAUGAUAGGGCUCGUUCCGUCCGGGGCAUCCUCCUCAGGAACGAAAAUAUUAAAGAAACAGGCGCCGCGUAAAAGGAAGACGUAUUCUCGGAAGGACAAAGUAUCAGUCCGCUCUUCCAAAAAAGUGAGGAAAUCACAAAGUGCUCCUGGUGAUGCGAACUCUCAUCUGUUGACCAGCUCUGCAGCCAGCACAGGGAUGACCAAAGCAACUCCAAGCACUCGAACAUGA